AUGCGUGAAGUUGGUCUUGUUUUUGAAUGUCUUCAUUGUGAGACAUAUUUUGUAAAUACUGUAAAAUUAAUUGAUUUGAGUGAAAAUAGAGGAAAAAAGAGGGAUCUCUUGACUGACACCUAUAUUUCCCUUCAAAAACAUUAUGAGGAUUUUCGGAAUAGAUAUCAACUCUGUGUUUGUCCCACAUGUAAUGAAUUAAUUUAUCAAUCAAAGUAUCAGGAUUUGGAUCAGAAUUGUAUUUUGAGUUUGUGUAGAGUUUUCAAAUUUUUAAAGGAGGAUGAUUUACAAGAAUUGUCUUCAAAUUCUUCUGCAAAUAAUACGAAUGGUGGAAUUGGAGGUAGUGAUAACAAUGUAGGAAGCAGUGCAUCACAUGCCUCUUCUUCUACUGAUGAAACAAAUACCACUAAUAAUGAAUCAUCAUUUAUGGACCUAUUUGAAAUAUCAAACAAGGACAUUUUGAAAGGAUAUGAAAUGGAAAAAUCAAAUGGUAAAAAGCAACAUGGAAAAAAGUCAAAGGAAGAAAAGAAGGGAGAAGAGCAUGAUCCUGAUAUUCAUGUUCCACUCUAUAUGGAUGUUGGAACCAAUGCAGGAGAAUCUCAAAAAAAACAAAAGUGGGAAUUAGUAUUUGGUGUUGGGCCUGCUAGAUUGGAGUUGGAUUCAUCAAGGUCUGGAAGAAUUUACAAACCAUCAUUGAGAUCACUAAACUUACCUCACAUCUCAACCAGUCUGUACAAACUUCCAGAAAAUGUCAUUACUUCUGAUAUUCAAUCUCAAUGUGAAAAAAUUGUUGAACUUGUUCAAGGAUUGGAUGAACAGGCCUUGACAGAUUUAAUACUCAAUGUACUUGUUAAAAAGAUUCCACUCUAUGAGCAUUUUGAUGAAAUUUCAGAGCUCAUCACUGAACAACUAUCCUCCAUCAGACACAUUAGAGAAAUUGAAAAACAAGAAGAAAUGGAACUUGCAAGACAUUACAAGGGUAAAACUCUAACAGACAUUCUCUCUAAAAAAUCAAAACAGUAA